GCAAUAUUAAUAGAACUGAGAAAGUAUAUAAUAGGUCUACCGUCUACACGAUGUUUAUAUAGGAAAAAGAAAAAUCACAUGAAAUAUUGAUCAAUAUUCGUACCACUGCAACACGACGUGUCAACGUACACCUCUUCUUCCAUAGCCCAUAAGAUGACGAAGAACCAUGUCAAAACAAUAAUAACAAAAUAAAAAAAAUAAAAAGAAAAUUACCACAAAUAAAACAUAAAAAUAAAAAAUCUGUUUUUUUUAAAAACAGCUUUUUAAUCCAAACUGGGUUUUAGAGCUCCAUGGCUACCCACGUAUCAGCUCUGCAUCCCCUUCCUCUCUCAUCUCAUCCCCUUAAUCUUCAACUCAAACUUCUUCCCCUCAAUUCUCUCAAUUUCACUGCCCCAUUUCCUUCUUACUCUUCUAGAUCAAUUUCUGGUGGGUGUAAAUGGAGCUCUAUUACUUGUUCUUCCUCAAAUGGGUCGAGACCCGACCCGACUGAUGAUAGAGUGAAGAGCAUUGAGGAGCUUGUUGAAGAGAAAAGGCGCGCAGAAUUGGCUGCUCGGAUUGCUUCUGGGGAAUUCACUGUUAAGCAGUCUAGCUUUCCUAUGAGAUUGAAGAACAAUCUGUCAAAGUUGGGGAUUCUUACACCUAUUCUGGAUUUGGUAUUCAAAACUUUUGAAGAUUAUGAAAAGUUUUCUCAGAUUCCUGAGGCAAAAGGUGAAAUAGCAGCUAUUCGUAGUGAGGCCUUUUUCUUGCCAUUGUAUGAGCUCUACAUCACUUAUGGCGGAAUAUUUAGGUUGAAGUUUGGGCCAAAGGCAUUUCUUAUCGUUUCUGAUCCUUCAAUUGUUAAGCAUAUCUUAAAGGACAACUCUAAGGCUUACUCUAAGGGUAUCUUGGCGGAAAUUCUGGAUUUUGUGAUGGGAAAGGGACUCAUCCCUGCUGAUGGUGAGAUAUGGCGUGUCCGAAGACGGGCUAUGGUUCCUUCGUUACAUCAGAAGUUUGUGACAGCUAUGAUAAACCUCUUUAGCCAAGCUACAGAUAGACUUUGCAAGAAGCUAGACACGGCCGCAUCAACUGGGGAAGCAGUGGAAAUGGAAUCACUUUUUUCGCGUUUAACACUGGAUGUUAUUGGAAAAGCAGUUUUUAAUUAUGAUUUUAAUUCCUUGACCAACGAUACCGGGAUUGUUGAGGCUGUUUAUGUUGUUUUGAGAGAGGCAGAGAACAGAAGUACUGCACCAAUCCCUGUCUGGGAAAUUCCUAUAUGGAAGGACGUGUCCCCUAGACUAAAAAAGGUGAAUGCAGCACUCAAGUUGAUAAACAGUACACUAGAUGAUCUGAUAGCAAUCUGCAAGAGGUUGGUAGAUGAAGAGGAGCUGCAAUUCCACGAGGAAUAUAUGAAUGAACAAGAUCCUAGUAUUCUUCAUUUUCUUUUGGCAUCAGGAGAUGAUGUUUCCAGCAAGCAACUUCGUGAUGACUUGAUGACUCUCCUAAUUGCUGGUCAUGAAACAUCAGCAGCUGUACUAACGUGGACUUUUUAUCUCCUGUCUCAGGACCCAGGAGUAAUGUCAAAGCUUCAAAACGAGGUGGAUACAGUUUUGGGAGAUAGAUUUCCAUCAAUUGAAGACUUGAAAAACCUGAAAUACACAAGUCGUGUGAUAAGCGAAUCUUUGAGGCUUUACCCGCAACCACCUGUCUUAAUUCGUCGUUCUAUGAAAGAGGACAUGCUUGGACCAUACCCAAUCAGAAAAGAUGAGGAUAUUUUCAUAUCUGUAUGGAACUUGCAUCGUAGCCCAAGUCUUUGGGAGGAUGCAGAUAAAUUCAAUCCUGAAAGGUGGCCACUGGAUGGACCAGCACCAAAUGAGACUAACCAAAAUUUCAGAUAUUUGCCAUUUGGUGGAGGUCCACGAAAGUGUAUAGGGGACAUGUUUGCUUCUUACGAGAACAUAGUAGCAUUAGCUAUGCUUGUUCGACGAUUUGACUUUGAGCUGGCACCUGAUGCUCCUCCUGUGAAGAUGACCACAGGCGCAACCAUCCACACAACAAAUGGUCUUGUGAUGAGGGUGAGGCAAAGAACAAGAUAUCCUGCUACACCCACAAUCCCUGUUGUGGAGACUGCUUCUCCUGCAAGUAUUACUGAAGCUGCUAUAUGAAAAUAUCUAAUUGGAAAAUGAUGUUUUGCUUGUGCUGGAUAGAACCGAACUAGAACAAUUAUCCAUAAAAAGGGAAAGGGAAGCUUCACUUUAAACUGCAUCAGCAUCAAAAAAGAAUCAGACAAGUAAGCCUCACCUCCCGAUACUUGUUACCAUUUACAUUCUUAUUCUACUGUAGUUACUAGUAGAUCUACAGUGCGAACAGCACUCUCCUCCUUAUAUGAGCACAUUAUUGGCACUGUUGGUCAACUAUGUUGUAAAUUAUGGCCUUCUUUUUUUCCAUACUGUGAAGAUAUGAGAAUUUACAAUAGAAAAUUUUCAGGAAAUUUUAGUAUGUAUAUCUUGUACGUGCAAAUGUACACAUGAUUCUAUGUAUAAACAUCGGAAACUUUUUUUCUUGUAAUUCCAGUGUAAAUUGUUUA